AUGACCACUCCCUCCGGACCAGCUGCUUUGCAUAACCCAUAUUUCCAGCAAAACCCAGGCCAGAAAGAUGUUUGGUCGUUGAUCAACGAGACUGCUGCUGCUGCUCAAGAAGAACUGGGUAAGUCUGUGGCUAACUUGGGUCAGGGAUUCUUCUCUUAUAACCCACCAGAUUUUGCCAUUGAGUCGGUUCACCAUGCCUUGACGAAGGCUCAGUUCAACCAGUACGCUCCAGCAAGAGGUAACCCCAACUUGGUGAAGCUGUUGAGUGAACUUUACACUAGAGAGUUUGGCAGAAAGGUUGAUACUAGUCAAGUUUUGGUAACUACGGGCGCCAAUGAGGGUAUAUUCUCGGUGUUUUUCGGUUUCUUGACUGCUGGCGAUGAAGUGGUGGUGUUUGAGCCAUUCUUUGACCAGUAUAUUCCAAACAUCGAAAUGACAGGCGCCAAGGUGAAAUACGUGCCAUUGAAGACUCCAAAGGAGUUUGCUAAUAGAAACACUACUGGAGACGAGUGGGAAGUGGACUGGGAUGUGCUUGAAAAGUCCUUCACUUCGAAAACCAAGAUCAUUGUCAUCAACACUCCUCAUAACCCUAUUGGUAAGGUCUUUACCGAGAAGGAGCUCCACAGAAUCGGCGAAUUGGCCGUCAAACAUAACCUUAUUCUUCUUUCUGAUGAGGUUUACGAGAACUUGUACUAUUUGCCCAAGUUCCCUCGUCCAGCUACUCUUUCUUCGUUGCCUGAAUUGGCUGAAAGAACCUUGACGGUUGGAUCUGCUGGUAAGUCCUUUGCUGCCACUGGCUGGAGAGUCGGCUGGGUCCAGGGUCCUGCUGAAUUGAUCAAGUACGUUACUUCAGCACAUACUCGUAUUUGUUUUUCGACUCCUUCUCCUUUGCAGCAGGCUGUUUCUGAGGCUUUUGGAACCGCCCGCGAGAACAACUACUUCCAGAUCACUCGUGACGAAUACAAGAAGAAAUAUGAAAUCUUUUCUAAGGUUUUCGAAGAGCUUGGUUUACCUUACACGAAAGCUGACGGUGGUUAUUUCCUUUUGGUGAACUUUGCCAAACUCAAGAUUCCAGACGACUACAAGUACCCAGAUGAUAUUCUCGGUCGUGGAACCAAGGACUAUAAGUUGGUUUACUGGCUCAUUAAGGAAAUCGGCGUGGUUGGCAUUCCCCCUACUGAAUUCAUCUUGCAAGAGCAUAGAAAAAAUAAUCCUUUGGAGAACUCGGUGCGUUUCGCUGUUUGCAAGGAUAACGCAAUUCUUGAGGAUGCUGUUUCUCGCUUGAGGAAGUUGAAGGAAUAUUUGUAA